ACAAACUAUACAUACUUUUCAGUGUUGCGUGCGUGCGUGCGUGUGUGUGUGUGUGCGUGUGCGUGCGCGCGCGCGCGCGUGUGUGUACAAGCAAUGCCAGAAAUAUUAUCGUCAUUUUGGACAAAUACUGUUUCGCGUCUUCCAUCCGUACAUGGUUGGAACAACGCUACCAGUAAAGUGCAUUUUGUGUAAAAAGAAAUUUACAAGAAGCGUACGUAAGAAAAGUGUGCAUUUUAAUAUCGACAGCGGCCAUUUUGAAUUUAUGAGUACCUCGAACUACGACGAUUAUAAAGCUCGUUUUAUAAUUCCAAAAUUGGACUUUCUUAAAUGUCUUAUUUUUUUGAAAGAUUACUGACAUGUGUAAAAGUAAUCUGAUAUGUCAAGUGAGGUUGCAUCUUUCCAUUUCUGGAAUGAAAUUCUAAUGAUUACUGCAUAAAAAACAUUCUAUUUCUUGCUGUUAUAAUUUCAAUGUAAACGGAAUAAUUUAAAUUUAGUUUCAAUCGUAACGAAACAUUUAUUUGUUUGAUACUGGAAAAAAAAAAAAGUAGUUACAAACUAUGUAUUUUUUAUGCUACAUUUCAUAGAAAAAGUAACAAAUAAUUUGAAAUAAGUACAUCAAUAAUGAGACAGUAUACAAGUGGGAUUAGUGUUUCCAUUGUUUCGUAUUUUUCUUUUCAUUAACAUAUUACAGAAAUAUAUAUGUAGUAAAUAUUUGUCAUUGAAACAACAAGAAUAAUACAUGUUUCGAUAGGUGUAAUCGAAAAUAAGAUUUAAAAUAACCUCAAUAACACGAGAAAAUGAUCUAAAACCGAGAUCUGCAAAAUAUUUUGAAGUACACAACAACACUUUAUGUAUCACUGAGAUUCUAACUGAUUCGAAUACGAACGUCAGUGUUUUUUUAGCCUUUAUAUUAAAAAUACAAAACAGGAGUAAGGAAAAUAAACAUAAUAUUUUCCUGAAUUUAUUUUAUUUUAUUCAAUAUUUACAUGUAAAAGAUAACGAUUCUGUAUAAGAUUGACGGUUAAAUAUUAGUUCGGGAAUCCCGCUAAAUAUGUUAAGACAACAGUUUUCUGAUUGAUCGACAGUCACGACACUAGAUGGUGGACGGUGCCAUUUUUGUCACCUUAGUAGCGCGCAGGGAGCGCGUGUAAAAUUAAGUACAUUGAAAGAAUCUUUUUGAAUUGAAUCUCACAAUAAUUGUUGUUAUUUAAACAUAUGUUCUCUUAAAUCGAAUUUAACAAGCUGAACUUGUGAUUGGUUGAAUCGUUCAAUCUUAACCUGCUGUGACAUCAGUAAAAGAUGUUUUUAUUUAUGUGGACGUGAUAGUUGUAAUGGUUUAAUAUAUUAUGAACAAAAUCAAUAAACUAAUCAUGAUACGAAAUGAGAGAAACUGGAAUAGUUUUCUGUGAUCAAAUAAAUCAGGUCAUUAGACCUUGAAAUCACCAAAGAAAAAUGAUAAAACUAUGAGUACAGCGGACACAACGCUGUCAGUUUCAAUCAAAAUGGCCCCAGGGCCAGAACAUCGUCAAGAACCAGUAGCACCUGAUAAAACUACUGAAAAUAACAGUGAAACCUCUAAUGAAAGAGUUAGUGAAAAUCCAGUGGUAGGUGUUGAAACUGUUAGUAACCAGAGUUCAAACACAGAAUGUGCUUCAAUGAACACUGAUACUGCUUUAGACUCAACAAAUCAAAGUGCACCAACCAGUGUUACAUCAGACAAUAAACAGGAAGAACCAGCCACUUUAUCAACAUUAAAUGAAGGUGAAUUACGUGCACUACUGGAUGAAGCUAUAACAUAUAAGUGUCCCAAAGAUCGUGAAGGAAAAUCAAGCCUUUUCAAAGAACUACUGCAAGAAGCAGAGGCUGAUGAAACUGAGGAAGGUCGUAGAAUAAUAACUAAUUCACGUUGUUUACCUGGAUCAAAUCGUAGAAGACAUAAGCGAGAUUCUGUGUCUGAAAGGUUAACACACGGAGGAUCUUUACAAAAUUUGACCCAACCUAUUACUUCAGAAUUUGAUAGUAGCUUUGCUUACUUAACAUCUGGAUCUAGCCAUACUUACGGAGGAAGUAGAAGAAAAAAUAAAAAAUAUACAGGACCCAGUGUGUCUGCGAGGCAAAGGGAAGGUGGUUCAUUACCCUCAAAUGUUAAUGCAUCGCACAGUCUUGCUUCGUUGGUUAACUUAGAUUUGUUGUUUGAUAAAAAGAAGGGUUUCUGUGAAGAAAGAACAACAUAUGAUUGGACCAAUAAAGAAAAAUCCAAAUCUCUAGACAAACCAUCAUAUACCAAUACAAAAAAGGAAGAAAAAGACAAAAAGGACACGAAAAAGGAUUUGUGCGAAACCGAACUUGAAGUACGCGAGAAAAGAGGCAACAAAGGAAAACACGGGACAAAUGAAAUGCUUGAAUCAGAUAAUCCACCACCAGAGUAUAAGUCAGAUUACAUGGUGAUCGAUUUAGGUGAUACUGAGGUGGGUAGUAUUAGCGAAAGGAAUGUGGGAUCCACUAUAAGUGGGGUUCAGAGACCUCACUCUUUAGACACAGAAGAUGAUGAAGGAACUGAAAUGAAAAUCAUUGAACCACGUAGAUCUCAAUAUAUAUCACGCCCUACGUUCGAUAUAGCUCAAACUCCUGUGGAUACUACUAUAGAUUUUUCUUUCCGAGAACAUAGUGGAAAACAAGAUAAAUCAAAAAUAUCUGUGAACGGUAUAGAGGUAACCGGAGCCCUCUCUAUUCAAACUUUUAAUAGUGUGAAAUGUGGUAUUGGCGGAACUGCAAACAGUUCUAGUACUAGUCAGGGUAAAGUAGUUCCAAGUUUAUGCUCCAUGAUGUCUGCAUCCUUACAAACACAGAAUAUUACAAUGGGUUCCAGGUAUACGUCACAUACUACAGCAUCUGGAGAAAAGAAAUCUUUAGAUGAAAAUGGAAAUGCAGUGCAAAAUUAUAACGGAGAACGAAAGAAGUCUAGAAGAAAGCAGUCACAAGAACCCAAUGUUAUUAUAUAUAAUGCUGAACAAGUUGAAGGGCAUCGUAACGAAGAUAUCGACAGCUUAAUUAAUUUUAUCGAAAAUAAGGAAUCUAAAAGUAAAAAAGGAAAACCAGGUAAUCCAGUAAGAGUGAAAACUAGCUCUGGAGCAAAACCAAGGAGUAGAGAAAAAGAUACUAAAAGAGAACAGUUACCUGCCAAAUUGCAGAAAUCGAAUUCUCUUGAAGAGAUAUCUAAGACUAAACUUGAAGACCUCACAACAGAAAAAAGUGUUAGUUCCAGUGGUGCCAGUAGUAUAUCCAGUCAACAUGCCACGAUCAAUGUUGCUUUACGACGUGCAAAACAAAGAAGCACAGGGGAUGCAGCUAUUGACAGUCGUGGUGAUAGACGAUCCUGGGGAACUGAAGAAGGUCAGUCUAUAUAUUGCAAUGAUACUGGAGAUGAUUAUGCUAGUCGUCGAAACUCCAAUAAAAAAAUCAAUCCAGAACCUGAACACGAAACAGAAUUCCUGGUAGUUACGAAAAAGAAAAAGAGUAAAAAGCAGAGGAGAAGUUCUAGCGGUAGUAGAGCUCAGAAUUUGGCAACGUCUGGAUCUUAUCUUCAAAACUCCAGAGGAUUCUCCAAUGAAUAUAGAACACCACUUUCUCCUGAACUUAGAAGAAAAUCAGCAAGUAGUAUGCCACCAAGCGAUAAAUCGGAUAGUAGUGACUCUGAUUCUGUCCAUUCAUUGCCAGUAACAUCAAACACGUCCAAACACAAUUUAUCAAAAAUAGCUACCUCAUCGGGCGGAACGCCGCAGGCAAGUUACGCAGAUAUAGCUCGCAUGGCAACUAUUAAUAUGACACACAAUUCAGUGUUGAAUAUGUCUACAAUUGUCCCAACUAUGUUAAAUACGUCUUCUUGGCCUAGUGUGCCACCUAAAACACCCUCAGAGCCAGAUAAGAUUCCUCAAGAUUAUUAUCCUAGUUUAGAUGAAUUACAACACUCGGAUAGAAAAACAAGGCAACAUAACUUCACUCAUUCGAAUCACAUUUUGAACCUAAGUUUUGAAAAACCGCCUUCUCCGACAUUGGUAAAGAUGAAGAAUUUAACGGAAAGGAAAAAAGCAGAAGCUCAAGAAGAAGCUAUUAAUAAAAACAUUCAGGUUAUUAAAUAUGUUCAAGAUGUUGAAAAAAUGCGUCAGAAUUUAACGCAGCAAGAGCAAAAGAACGCAAAUACUAAUAGUCAUAGCACAAUUCCAAAUGAGGUGUCAGUAACGAAUCCAGUGCCAUCAAAGCUCAAUAAUACAAUAACGAAUUGUAAUGUUGAUUCUGACAACAAUAAUUCUAGUGGUAACAAUGUUAAUAAUAAAGAUACAACUGUGAACAUGAGGUGUAACAAUCCUCGAUCACGCCGAGGCUAUGUUCAAAGCAAUCAAAAUGUACAAACUCAGGCGUCGUACGAAGAUCAACACUUCAAAAAAACUGGAUAUUCCCAUCACGAUGAGAAUACUAAAAAGUCAAAUACCACGGAAAAUUCCAGUACUCAUUCUGAGACUAAAAAUAAUCCCGGAACGGGAUCAUCUGACGAGGUCGAGUCACAAAAAUCCAGUACUCAGAAUAAUCCAAAAUUGUCGCAAGAGAUACAAACUACUGAUUCGGAUGUUACAAAAAUAACCAAAAACGAAAAGUUAACGAAAACUAUAAAAGAACAGAACAAUAAUAUUAAACAGGAAAUAAUUAAAUCAGGAAAUACCCAUUCGGUUAAUUCCAAACAAGAUCAGCAAGAAGAUGCUGAAUCGAAGAAGACUAAACAAGGUGCAGCUGUGGAUAAAGACCAGAAAUCCGAAUCUCAGCCAUCUAAUAAACAAAAGACUUCAAGACCUGCGGUCAUAUUAUUGGACGAAAGUUCGUCCGAUAUUUCUAAGAACAGUGAAUUGCCAACAGAGCUUAGGUUUGGAUUCGAAAUUAACGAACAACUAUUAUUAUCCGAAGAAUCAGUAACCGAAGAGACUUCAACUGCCAGUUCUGUUUUUCCUUCUGUAGUUUCUCCGCUUAUAAGUAAACCACCUUCUAAUUUCGAUAGAUACCCUCCAAUAUUUGAAAAACAUAUGAGAUGCAAUAAAUUUGCGCCAAAUUUCAUGCAACCUCCAAAUACUCAUGUAACGCAACAGCCUAUGCCUUCGGUAAUGGUGCAGCGAUUGCCGUGUAUGGGUUAUCCUUCAAGGUUUCCUCCACCCACGUGUCUACCGCCGCCACCUGCACCUCCCCCAGGAAUAAUGGACAAAUACCAUCAUCAACCAAAAGAGGAUUUUUCUAUGCUAUACGUAGCACCUGAAGAAGACGUUAAUAUACAAACGUACAAUCAUGAUAAAAUUGUCUCGUUUGUUGGCUUAGCAUGGGAUGCCGUUAUGAGAGAAAUGCCAGUGACAGCAGGUGGUCGCAUACAGUUCUAUAGUGGUCAGUGAAAUGGGCACUAAGAAUAUGGGGUAAAUAACACAAUGUUUUUGUACUGGAAAAUUACCUCUAUCGCAAGUUAUCUGUUAUAAAGUGUAAACAGCUCGAAGAGUCUGUUUACUAAAAUGCAAGACCAAAUAUGUAUCUGAAUAGAAACAAAAUGAUCGAACCACUAUCAAACAAUCACUGAAACUUUUAGUGUCGAUCAUAGCAAAGAAGCUAUGCUAUAGUUUUCAAAUUAAAUUAUCAGUGAUAAUUCUGUAAAGCCAACUGGCGCAAAACGUGCCUCAAAAGAUAAUGUACAUAAUAGUCAAUCAUCAGAAGAAGAAGAAGAAGAAGAAGACAAGACUUACGUAUUGUACGUUCUGACUGUACAUACGCUGAAAUGUUACAAAUACCUUUGGGAAGGUUGUAACAACAUUAAAAGUCUCAGUAUUGACGUCUAUUACGAUAUUCGACUGAAAUUAUUAACGAGCAAAAUAUAUUUUGCUCUUGAAAAGUACGCAAGCAAAAUUUCCUUGUACAAAAGUAUGAAAAUUCAUAUAUUCAUAUAAUAUCCGGUAUAUGUUUUGAAGAAAACACCUUUCGAAUCAACAUGAAAGUGAAGCAUUUUGGAAGAAAAUAAAAUAAAUAUAGAGGCAAUUUAAAUUAACUUUAAAUAAUUUUACCACGAAGCAGGUUCUUCAAGAACUGCAUCUGCUGUGACAGUGGUUUAAUAUUGAUGCCUUUCAAGUAAACAAAUACAUACGUAGAUCUUUGUAAUAAAGUUUACAAAUAGUCGAGGAAAAGACAGAAAGAAAGAAACCCAUUACGUUAACUAUGCCAAAUUGAGAUCGUCCGUCAGAAAUAUUGCUAAACUACUAACAGUUAUGUUGUAUAGUUGCCAGUCGAGAUGAUCUUUAAAAACAGCGUCUUAAAACAAGGAUUGUUGCAGCAGUCAGUGAGUCUUCGAAGAAAAAACUUUAGAAAAGUUAAAAUGGAAAAUAGUGGUUGCUAGAUUACAUGUACUUUAUUUAAGACAUCAUAAAAGAAAAGUAAAGAAAGCUAUAAAAGAUGUGUAAUGAAGUGUAAUGAAAAUGGUGAAUGUAAGUGUGUCAUUGAACAAGUGUAAAAUAUUUAAAAAAAAAAAAAAAGGAAAAAAUAGUGUGAUUGACUUGCAACUUUAUUGAAGUGGUUACUUCUUCCAGCCGCGACAGAUAAUAGUUUAAGAGAUUUAAAACAAAAACAAAACGGAAAAAAGGGCAAGAAAAAAAAGAAGGAAUCAUAAACUGAUUUUUUUUUUGCAAAGAGAGGUUGCGCUCAAGAUCAUAAACUGGAUGAGAAACAGUGAGAAAAAAGUGCGAAUGUGUCGAAAACAAAACAAACAAAAAAACGCUAAAUUUUUACACAGACUCGCUUAUUUAAAGAAUAAUUAAUUAUUAAUUACUGGUAAUGAUAAUUAUAAUAAAAUACUUGCUUGUGAUCAUAAAGUAUGAUGGUGCGAAUGCGUGUGUAGUUUAUGUAGAUAUUCUUCUACUAGCAGAUGUCCAAUUUUAUUUUGAAAGUUACGUUUGAAUUUUUUUUUUCUUUUUUUCUUUCUUUUGUUUCUCGAACUUCCAAUCGAAUUUAUGUUAGUUUUCUAAAUUGGGCAAAACGAAAACAGUAAUACACUUUGUGGUUGUUACUGAUCUACACUAAGAAAAUGAAAACAAACUUAUACGAGUAAUCAAUCAAAAAACAAACAAAAAAAUACAAAAACACCAUGGAUUUAACAUAAUUCCUUUCAUGACGAUUCCAUUCGUUGUAUAGGAAGCCUACCUCCAACAUAUACAUACAUAUUUUAUUUUUCGAUAAGUGAACAAAAUAGCGAAACAGAUGACUUUACAUUGUGUUUUCAUUCAAAUGCAGAUUUCACGCAUCUUCAGCAAAAGAUAUGAAUGAUUAGAAAAGUGUGUGAAAUCUUAUCGCCUUUGAAAGUGAUGAUAAAAUAUAACAGACUACUGCAGAUAAGUUUCGUAUAAAGGAAUGAAAGUGUAUUUGUCUAUUUAGAUUAUCAUUAUUAUUAUUAUUAUUAUUAUUAUUAUUAUUAUUAUUAUUAUUACUAUCACUACUACUAUUAUUAUAAUUAUUAUUAAUAUUAUUAUCAUUAUUAAUGAGAAGUUAAUAGUUAUUAACAACUUCAAAUUGGCAAUUUUUGUUAUUGCUUUCUUUUUGCAAAAUUUCAUUUUAUUGAAAGAAUGCGAGCUCCAUUGAUAUUUUCUAUUUUGUUCAACAAUAUAGUAACAGUACAGCUGGGGGUACAGCUUUCAGAUGAUUAAUAUGGUAAUGUAACAUAUUUAAGAAAGAAAAAAAAAAAA